GGAUGGCCUUUUUUUUUUUUCUUCUCUUCCCUUCAUUUACUACAGAUCUUGAAUGUGGGCACAUGGAAUUAUGGCGCAUUAAGCUCAGGAAACAAGAUACCCUGGAAAUUAAAGAGAUUGACACAGGCUGCAUUCAAGCGGGUUGAUUUCCGUCAAAGAUCCGUGUUCUACCUCUUAAUAUCUUCAGUCCAUCUGUGGCCAUAUUCCCAGCCAGGACACUUAGUCCCUCCCCCAACCCUGACAUUUGCUCCACCCACUCCAUACAGUUUGUCUUUAUGGAGGACUAUGAUGUGGACAUGGAUGAGGAUGAGGAGGGAGAGGUAUUCAUGAGAAAGGCCACAACAGGCCCUUGGUGGGAGGACUGUGUAGAUGAUGGCAACUGUGACAUACAACACCAGAGAGGAGAAAGAGGCUGCAUGGUAAACAGUCGCAGUUGGGCAGAGGAGCUCCAGGAUAUCUUUGCACCACAGUCAGAAGACUCUUACAUUGGAGGGCAAACGAGACUGUCCAGCAUCUCUGCCCAGAGGAAUGAGAGAGAGUCCAUCAGGCAGAAACUUGCCCUUGGCAGUUUCUAUGACGACGAGCCAGUCAUCUACACCAGCUGCAGCAAGAACGGCCCGUCCUCCCGAUUGCAGAGUGGGGUAAACCUGCAGGUGUGUUUUGUUAAUGACAGCAGCAGUGACAAAGACAGUGAUGCUGAGGACAGCAGGACAGAGACCAGUUUGGACACGCCGCUGUCACCUGUGAGUAAGCAGAGCUCAUCGUUAUCUGACCGAGACACGGCGGAGGAGGACUCAGACCCAUUAGAUGACUGCGGCGGGUUCUGGCGGGUGCAGCGAAGGCUGCAGGAGGAGGCCCGGGUGGCGCUGGCUCUAGCUCGACCCAUGGCACGCAUGCAGGUGGAGGUGGAGAGGCAAAUCCAACUGCACAGACGUUCACCUGUGGCUGACUUGCUUCCCCAUCUGCCCCACAUCAGCGAGUGUUUGAUGAAAAGGAAUCUGAGGCGAGGGGACAUGAGAGACAUGAGUCUCGGACAGUUGCAAGUCAUCACAAAUGACUUACACUCACAGAUUCAGAGUCUAAAUGAAGAGCUGGUGCAGUUGCUGCUGUUGAGGGAUGAGCUGCAUGUGGAGCAGGACGCCAUGCUGGUGGACAUAGAGGACCUCACCAGGCACGCUCACAGCCACCAGCGGCACCAGGCAGAGAAAGCUAUCUCUAAAUAAAGCACCCCUCGUCUUCACGUGUGUCUGUCUGCACGCCAUCUUUACCUCCCGCUCCAUGGACCGUCACCAGUGUUACUAACGAAACUCCAUCUGUGCUGACUGUUUCUGGAGAAAUUAAUACAUCAUAUACUGCAAUAUUAACACACUGACACUCAUUCAUAAUGUAUCACACCAGAGGACGUUUUUGAGAGACAGAGAACCCGACAUCUAAGAGAAGCUGAGUCAUCCGUAUGGACACAUUUGAGUUUGUGUAGGCUUUUUAUGCCAUGUUUCAUAGAAUUAGGGGAAUCCUCUCAACUUAAUUCCAUCCCUAACCCUGAUUUACCUCUUCAUGAUUUUGCACGCUACACUCAUGUUAUGUUAAUUCUGGGUUAAAGAGAGAGAGAGCGCCUGUAUACACCUUGUUUCUCCCUCGUCUUAAAAAAGAUGAUGACUUUUAGGGGUCACGGCUGACUGCAUCUAAUGAUCAGUUAAUCAGUUUUUGUUUGUCUCUAUGAAAAUCAAGACGAUCAGUCAGUUCACCUGUAUACAUGCACUAUUCAUCUUCUUAUAAUUUCUUUCACUAAGAGCACUGUGUCAUUGUUGUUUAACACUUGAAUUCACUAUUAAACAUCUACUAUCUGAGCUGUUGCAAUAUAAAAGGAGAAACACUCUGUGCUGAUUUGCAGCUUAGCUUUGGUGUUUAAAUGCUGCAGCAGCUUCACAGAGGUUCUUGGAUGUAACUCGAUAGCUGCUACAGUUCCCAUCUGCUUUAAAUACGCAUUUAGAGCUUUACUGGACAACAUUUUGAAUUUUAUUCAGACAAAUUUGUAUUGUCAAAUGCUUUUGUCUACUCAGUAGAAUGGACAAAAUGAGAUGAAAUAGGUUUAAAAAGUUCUAUUGGUUAAUAUUAGGGAUAGGAAAAUGGGGAAAAGUGGAGGCAUGUUGACAUGAACAGCCCCUAAAUAAAAGUAUGCAGUCAUUUUUAUGUUCAAUUUACUAAUGCUAAAAAAAAGAGGUAAAAAACAUGAUAAAUAAUAUAUGAAUAAACCACAGCCUAAACAUAUAUCUAUUUUAUCUGAUCAGAGGAUUUAUGGACAUAUUGUAUGUAAAUGUUAAAAGAUACUUUAUUAAAAGGAUGAAGAACA